AUGAAAAUUCUUCCCUAUAGUUUCAUGAUACUCGAGUACUUCGGCGGGUGGAAACCACUCAAGUGGGGUACAAGCAUAAAAGGAAAGUUAUAUAAUAUGUAUACUUUCACAGUCGCCGUAACAUUAGUCACUUUUUGCAUGUCUUGUAUAAUAGAUUUAUUUUACACGUCAAAUAUCGAAGAUAUUGUUCAUAAUAUGUCAAUGUCAUUUACAUUAAUUGUCGUCUGUUCGAAACUAGCUCUUGUUACAAUGAAACGUAAUGAAAUAAUAAAAAUCAUUAAUCUAUUAGACAUAAAUAUUUGCAGAGUACGAUGCGCUAAAGAAGCUAAGAUACAAUUCAAGUACGAUAAAAAAGCAAAAAACAUCGUCAAGAAGUAUGGAGGUUUGGUAUGUGGUGCAGUAUUUGCUGUCACAGGUGCUUCGAUUUUAGAAAAUAUUCCCACAAAAACGCUUCCUUUCAAUGGCUGGUUCCCUUAUCGACAUGACAACAGCACCGGAUUUUGGGUUGCAUAUUUUCAUCAAAACAUCGCUCAUUGUUAUGUCGCAAUGAUUGGAUUUUCGUUUGACACGGUUGUUUACGGCGUUUUGUUACAAAAUUGCAGUCAGUUACAAAUUUUGAAAAAUCGUCUAGAGAAUUUUGUUGAAAUAAUUAAUAGAGAAAAACUCAAUAAUAAAAUUAAUGGAUCGGUUUGCACAAUAAGAGAGUGCGAACAUAAAUUUAUCAAACAAUGCAUUCAUCAUCACUGGAUUAUUUUACAAUUUUCGCAAGAAUCUAAUGAUUUAUUUGCCCCAAUAAUAUUCUUGCAAUAUCUUUCAAGUUCUUUGAUACUUUGUCUGUGCAUUCAACUACUAACAAAAUUGGCUGUCAUGAGCCCUGAGUUUAUAUUUAUCGUCGUUUAUCUAGGGUGCAUGUUAACACAAAUUUUCUUGUUCUGCUGGUAUGGCAACGAAGUAAUAAUAGAGAGUUCAGGAAUAAGUUCAGCAAUUUAUAAAAUGAAUUGGCAAGUUUUGACAAAUAAAACUAAAAAAGAUUUAUUAUUUAUGAAAACUCAGUCUAUUUUACCAAUAAAAUUUACCAGUGGUUACUUGAUUGAACUUUCCUUAGACUCAUUCACUAAGCUCAUUAAAUUUUCUUACUCGGCGUACAAUCUUCUUCAUCAAAAAGAAUAGCAAUUCAUCAAAUAUAUCAGAUAGUUAAUAGAAUUUAUAUAUAUUUAUAAUGAAUAAACUAUAAACCGAGCAAAAAAAAAUUCUGUUAAUUAAUUAAUGACAAUAAUAAAACAU